GUUUUAUUACAGACUAUAAGCUGCUGUUAGUGUUUACUGUACGUAUAGAGCUUGCCAAAAGGCACUUAUGAUGAAGUUCACGUAGUAUUCCUUAAUUGGUGGCGGGGAAGCUACUAACUGACGAGUUUCUUUAUAGAAAAGCCAAAGAAGCGGAUUACUGUCGCUUGCUGUCAAUUUGUAGGUGUUUGCCUGUGAGCUGACUGUGCAUUUAUGGGGCUCUUCUGGUUGUAGCACAAAACCGCUUCCAAGAGGACACAGAAAAUAGGUGUUAUGUAAACGCAAUGAAAUAUUGAUGUGAAGAUAUCGUAUAUUUUUUCGCUUUUUUCAAAAUCAUUUCAAUUCAGAAAUUUUUCUAAGUUUCAAUCAAGAAGAUCGAUCUUUGCUGCGGGUAAAGUGGAAGUAAUUUUUGGAAAUUACACCGGGAGAACGCGAGGUGAUUGAGUUUUGAGGUGAUACCCGACAGGCCAUAAAUAUUAUGAUGACCACGUCUACCAUUCAGCUGCAACACACCACCACUCCAAGCCACAGAUCAUCGCUGACUUUAUACACACAAGAAAAAAACGYCAACACUCUUUUGCCUUGCUUGGCAGAGAGAAAAAUUGGCGGGAAAGUUGCUAUUGUGCCCAGCAAAAUGACAAAUGGUGUUAACAGAAGAAUCAGUGAACCAAUUGACAAUAAAGAGACACAAAAGACGACUAACCAAAAGCGUGGAGGCAAAAUUUACGUAAGUUGCCUUGAAACGUCGCUAAGUACAACCUGGAAACGAAGCUUGAGCCAAGAGAGUGACAAAAAGGACAUCAACAACGACAGUUUUCAAAACAUGUCUUCUCAAAAUCCAAAAGCGAAGAAGAGAAAUGAAAGAAAUAGACCACAGAACCGAAUAAGUAAUGGCAACAAUAUUGGUACGAGUGAUAAUCUUGAUUUGAAUCCUCGAGGCGGCAAAGAGAAAGGUAAAAGAAAAGCAGGGAAGCGCUUGGAGCGUCAAGAUUCAAACGUAUCUAUUCAGCUCCCAAAAGGAAAACAAUUGAGCUUUUCAAGUGAAGGGAARUCCUCSAUUUCAUCGCAUAGCGAAACGAACCUAUCCUCUUCAAAACUCCRCAAUUCAAACGUCUACGUUAAAAGCAAGUUAAACUCUCAACACACGAAUACAGUUUUGGUCCAAAAGUCUCCAUUAUGCCGUAGUAUUACGAUUUCUGAAGCGUCUCUGAGUAGCGCGUUAAAUCGGCAGGCGAACAUAAAUCUCUAUAACAAACCAAUCUCCUCAAGGACGCGGACUUCGUCUCGAUGUGUAUCAGGAAUCAAUGUUCAGAACAGAAACAAGAGGUCCUUUACUAUUUCUAAUGAUACGACUGAUGGACGAUUGCGAACAAUCUAUGAAUCCACCUUGGAAGAAUACGAAUGACUUUUAUUAGUACGCGGUACGAAUACAGAGGUUCUAUAUCGAGCGUGUGGAUUUGUACAGCACAUCAUUACAAUAACAGCCAAGAAUUACCGCAUAAGUUAUUUMARACAACUCGGUGUUUUUAGUGAGCUUUCCUUGAGAAAAUAUSCAGAAAAACGACUUUAGCGAAUCCAUUUUCACGGAUGUUUUCAGUAUUGCUAAAAAUAUCUCCGGAGAUGUAUUUUAAAAAUAAGUUUUCAUUUUCGUUUUCUCUUAAUAAUACACACUAUAUUUCUUAAAUGAGAUCUCGCCAAAAAGUUAUUGUCGUGUAAUGCGUGUUUGACUAAAUUAGAAUUAAGAAACGCAAAAUGAGUCUUCUAGGAGAUUAACAUGGGAAAAUAUUAAGCAAUGAUGAUAUAUUUUCUUUUUUAUUAUAACCCACGGCAGACCCAGCGGCAAAAUGUCACAAAAAAUGCCUGUCAAAUGAUGACGGGUACGUACACAGCUGUACUGUGUAUUUACCAACUGGAAAAAGAAAGACAAGGGAUUUUCUGUACAUUUGCUUUGAAAAAAAAAAUAACGUUAUCAGCUUUCAUUUGCGUCAACGGAAAAGUUCGAUAUUACUGCUGCGUUUCCCCAAAAUAAAGUUUUAAUAAAGCGAGAUUCGUUUCACAGGAAUAUUAAUUGAWUAUUUUACGAGAAAAUCGUCGAUACAGCAGAGAACUGUUCUUUAUAUAAUAGGAUGGAUUUAGCAUUGAAAUUCCCGCUCAAAUAGGAUUACAGUUGACGUGCGUUAGAUAGURUGCGGUAUUGAAACAUUUCCCGAGCGAAAAUUGAAAAUCAAUUCACAUUUGAGUGUAAUAUAAUAUUAAAGCUUGCACAAAAAAACCAUCUGCCGGGGUAUUUCUCGUCAGUUUUAGAUGGAUUUCAGUUCYAAGGAAAUGAUUUAAGGAGAAAACUUUGAGUUUUCUAUCUCCGUAUGGAAUAAUCUUGAUUGUUAUUUUUCAAUGUGUUUCUGUUUGAUAACUUCUGCAUGGAAAUUAAGUCUGGACCAAAUGUUUUAUUCAUAUUCCACUUCACUUUAUUCUCUAGCAAAGAUGCAUUUGUCUUAUGAAAAAUUAUUUAUCAUCAAUGUUGGUAUAUUUUUCGCAAUAUUUGAUAAUUAAUUGUAUAUGUAAGAAAAUGAAUCUUCUUGAUUAACACUUUCAAGUAUUAAAAACUGUUGGUUUAUUUUUCUCAA